AAGUACAAUAUCCACUUGAAAAAGCAUUCAAGAAUGCAUCAAUCCUGGACGAUACACAUACAUAACACACAGAUCCUCGUAGUUUUACUGUCUCACUGUCAUUUCCCCUGGAGGGAUAUGCUGAGCUGUGUUAGGGCUGGUCUUACUGGGAUCAGAAGUCCAUUGGAGAAUAUCAAUUGCGUUUCUCUGACUCCUCACCUCCAAAUCCAUUGAAUGAGAAUUCAGAGGAGGCAUAAAGAGAGGACGUGAGGAAUCAAGGAAAUGAGAUCCACCCACUUUCACCUCCUACCUUUCCUCUCAGUGCUGAACGGCAGCCAGUCCGUUGUGUCUGCAGCCUGUGUUCAGUGAGCGUCUGGUCUCCGUUGUGUCUACAGCCUGUGUUCAGUGAGCGUCUGGUCUGCAGCAGCCACUGACAGACACUACCAGUCAGGAUGAGGUGGACUGUGUUGACGCUGAUCUGCUGUUCCUGGACUGCACAUGGGCUGAUCAGGAUCCCCCUGCGUCAGAUGCUCUCUGUGCGUACCCAGCUGAGAGCCUCCAAUCGCCUGGAGGACUUCAUGAGGGACCACCAGCCUGAUGUGUUCAACCGGAGGUACGCCCAGUGUUACCCCCCUGGUAUCCCCUCUCUCAGGCUGGGUAAGAGCAGCGAGAGGCUCUACAACUUCAUGGAUGCCCAGUACUAUGGACUGAUCAGCCUGGGUACCCCGAAACAGAACUUCACCGUAGUGUUUGAUACAGGAUCGUCUGACCUGUGGGUCCCAUCCUCUUACUGCGUCUCAGAGGCCUGUGCCAUGCACCGCAAGUUCAAGGCCUUUGAGUCCAGCACGUUCAUCCACGACGGCAGGAUGUUUGGCAUCCACUAUGGCAAGGGACACAUGCUGGGCAUCAUGGGCAGGGAAGUCCUCAAGAUUGGCCCGUUGACGGUGAAAAACCAGGAGUUCGGAGAGUCGGUGUACGAGCCAGGUUUUGUUUUUGUCAUGGCGAAGUUUGACGGGGUGCUGGGCUUGGGGUACCCCUCCCUGGCCGAGGAACUGGGGACGCCCGUUUUCGACAGCAUCAUGAACCAGAAGUCUGUGGACCAACCCAUCUUCUCCUUCUACCUCAGCAAGAGUAAGAUGCCGAGGGACCCAGAGGGAGAGUUGCUGCUAGGAGGGAUUGACGAGGCGCUCUACAGUGGACCCAUCAGCUGGAACCCUGUUACCCUGAAGAGCUACUGGCAGAUCAAGAUGUCCAGUAUACAGGUCCAGGGAGCCUUGACUUUCUGUCCCCGCGGCUGUCAGGCCAUCAUUGAUACAGGCACGUCUCUCAUCAUCGGCCCCAACCGUGACAUCCUCGCUCUACAACAGCUGAUAGGAGCUACCCCCCACCUCCAUUGGAGAGAUUACCUGAUUGACUGCGCCCGCAUCUCCAGCCUGCCCCAGGUGACCAUCACGCUCAACGGGGUGGAAUACGUGCUCACUGCUGAGUCCUACUCAAAAGGGUGGGUGAUGGGUGAUCAUGAGAUCUGUUUCAGUGGGUUCCAGGGGGAGGAUCUGCACUCCUCGACGGAUCCUCUGUGGAUCCUAGGGGACGUGUUCCUCUCUGAUUACUAUAGCAUCUAUGACCGGGGACAGGACAGGGUGGGCUUCGCUAAGGCCAGACACACACGCUAUGCAACGUUGGAUGCAGAGAUGGAUAGAUAGAUGGGAUGUGGGAAGGGAGUGAUGGAUGGAUGGAUGAUAGAAGGAGGGAUGAAGUGAGGAAGGAAGGAAGGAUAGUGAUAGG